AUGGAACAGUUACCGAAGCCAAUUGCGCCACCAUCGACGAUACGGGUCAAAUCUUCGAGCCCUCCUCGAUUGAAGCCUCCGACCUUUGCGACUCCGCCCCGCCCUGGAAAUGGGUUGAUGCGCCCACCACCGUCCGCGGCAGCGUCUCUGCGCGUGCCCCCUACAAAAGUCCUUCCCAGUGCGUCCAUGGCCCCCACCUCUUCGAUCAUGCCUCCGGGCAAGCGAGUCUCGCGAAAGGUGAUUCUCGAGCCUGGCCACUCGCCGCUCGACUGGGCCGCACUCACGUCAAAUCCGAAUAGUCGUCUAAGAGGCAAUGACGCACCUGAGAACCUGAUUCGAGUCACGCCUACACGACUAAAGCAGCAGAAUGGGCGAAAGGGAAGAGACGCUUGGACAGUUUACAAUGGAAAAGUCUACAAUAUCACACCCUACGUUCCCUUCCAUCCCGGUGGAAAGGGUGAGAUCGUAAGAGGCGCGGGCAAAGACUCGACAAAAUUGUUUCUGGAGGUGCAUCCCUGGGUCAACUGGGAUGGUAUGCUGAGUGAAUGUCUAGUUGGAAUACUGGUGGGCGAUGAGGAAGAAACAGAGAACGGAAGUGGCGGAUUAGACGAGAUGGACUGA